UGAAGGCGUCACCUCCGUCCACUCUGACGUCCACCAUCAACCUGCGAACAUCAUCUACACUCUUACCUCUCAAUACCACCAUAAUGAUACUAUUUUGGUGGAAUUCCCUCGGUAUGGGUGGAGAGAAGACUCCUCGUGAGUUCCCAGUAAUGAUUGUGAUGCACAACUGGGACAGGUUAAUAGUAUUACCAGUGUGCCUCUGGGCUGUCAACCAGGAAGUCUUUGGAGGUAAAUGUUUGUGUCCCUGGGCAACCUUUUCUUACUCUGAUCCAGUUAGUGCAAGGUACAUGUGUAAUGUGCAGACUACUUUGCAGUACCCCUGGGUCUCUCAACCUCAACCAAGAAGACUGAGGAUGGGAAGGUGCUUUAUUACACCAUCUACAGGUGGCUCUAUCGAGUUUUGGAAAUCACGGGAAAGUAUAAAGGCUCUGAUGUAUAGUGCUGGCCUUUUCUGGCUACAGUAUGGCAAGAGAAGAUUCACAUUAAAUUUGCUACCGUGAUGAGUGCAUUUUUGGUUACUCAGUGGAUCUGUUUUUGGAUUCUAGAUAGAAUUUCUAUUUAUAAAUAUUGAAAUUUCAAUAAAUUACGAAUUUUCUUUAACCCUUUCGUGUAGCAUCUCCUUUGAAAAGUGGUAAUGGUUGAAAUUUCCUCUAAAUCAGUUGUCUAGAGAUUAUAACCCCCCUCCCCUUGUGCUACUAUCCAUGACCUGUUACACCAGGGAAAGCCUCAUAAUGUUGAGAAUAGUUGCAUGUCUGGUUUACUUCCCUCUAGUCUGUGAAGUCUACCUCAUAUUGCCUGCACUUUACCACUUUAAACAUUCAUUAACCAUUAUUUUGUAUUGAAUAUAAAAAAAAAUAUAAGAA